AUGACUGUGAGCAUUGACGAUGCGUACAUCAAAGAGGGCUUCCGAUCCAAGAGGUCGAGCAUGUACGAGCGAGUGCUCAACAAGUUGAUGGCGCUCACAAAAGUUUGGUCCAAAGAGAAGAUCUCGAUGAGCGUGGAGACAGAAGAGCAAUUCGCUCAUCUGAUCGACAACUGCCGCAUUCCGGUUGAUGACGCUUACAAACAGAUCAAGGGGAGAGGAUGCUCGGAAGACAACAUGGUCAAAUCUGGCAACCAUGCCGUGCUCAAGAUCCUGGGCGACAGGCUGCGAAGCAGAUCGCAGCCGGGGAAGAGAGGGGACAAGUUCAAGCUGGGCCUGGUGAUCGAAGGAGGAGGCAUGCGAGGAUGCGUUUCGGCUGGGAUGGCAGCGGCGAUUGAGCAUCUGGGGAUGCAGGAAGCAUUUGACGCGAUCUACGGGUCCUCGGCAGGCUCGCUCAUCGGGACGUACUUUGUUGCUGGAGGAGGAGUACAGGAGACUCAUCGUUUCUUCCUCGAGCUGCUGCCCAAGAGCGGGAAGACUUUCAUUGACACCCGCCGAGUCAUCGACAUGCUCCGGCACUCGAGGAAGAAGGAGCUGGUGCCUGUCCUCUCCCUCGACAGGAUCUGCAGAUUCAUGAUGGAGGAUGAUGGAGCGGCUGCACUCAACUGGACGUCCUUUGCUGCAAGGAACAGGCAUCAACCUCUCAACAUCGUAGCGAGCAGCGUCGAGCGAGGACGAGCGGUGGCAAUGAGCAGCCGGAAAGGAUACUUCGAGGAUCUUCCUUCCCUGCUCGAGUGCUUGAGGGCUUCCUGCUACCUCCCCGGGAUCGCUGGCUGCUCCCCCGUCCCUGUGGAGAGAUGGCAGGGGGAGGAGCGGCUGGAGAGAGAUCGUAUGGUGGAUGCUGUUGUCUUCGAGCCCAUCCCGUACAGGUCAGCGGUAGAGGACGGCUGUACGCACCUCCUUGUGCUUCGAACUUGGCCGGACGAGAUUCCUCUUCCCCAGAGCUUCCUCAAGAUCUUCGAGCGGCUGCUGGCCCCCACCUGCCUCAGCUCCUUCCCCCGCAUCCUCGACUUUCUCUUCGAGGACAGGCACUCGCGCGUUUACGGAGAGGAUAUCCUCCGGUUGAACGAGGCCGGCAAGGGGUCGCCCUUCAGAGGCGUCCACAUGCUCCCCCUCGCAGUCUCCAAGUCAGAGCCCGUGUCGCAGAUGGAGCUCGAUCACGACCAACUGCUCAAGGGAGUCGUCCUCGGCUUCGCGCAGGCCUACAACGUGCUCAAGGUGGUAGCAGGAGAGGGGAAGGAGGAGGAGGACGGGCUGGAGGUGGGGGCAAGGAUCUUUGACGCGCUCGAGCAGUCGGCGGCGAUUAGGGAGAGCUACACUCAGUGA